UCUUACGUUGAUCUUUCAUGGCCUAUCCCUUGCUCUUCUCCUCGCUCUUCUUUGUCUACUUUGUCUAAUCUUAGUGAGAUAGAAGAUUGCCGAAUGAUCAAAUCUAGAUAUGAAGUCAUCUUCUCAUAGCUCCCUCUUUCUCAUUCUUGUCUUCUCCAUAGUCCUCUUACUGAGCUUACAGCUUCUUGCAUCUCCAAGUGGUGAAGUGGAAGCUGAGAUUGAGAAGGUUUCAGGGAAAGACAAUGUGGACGGAGGAGAGCCAAAUAUAGCCAUGCUUACAAAGCUUAGGAUGCUUUUUGGUCUGCAUGGUUCAAGCUCUGCAAGCCAACACAUAAGAGCUUCGCAGUUAUCCCCAGCUCAAGCACCAAUAGAAGAAGUAGCUGAGAUCCUAUCUCCUCUUCCAUCACUCCACAAGCUCCACAUCUAUCACAUAGCACCAUCAAAGAAUCCAAGGAAACCCCCUGUUGUUCAUGGAACGGAAGAACAUUUAUCAGUGCAGAGAAAGCAUUCACAGAUGAUUGUAGCAAUCUCUGUGUCUAUCUUAGCAACCUUAGCUAUCUUUGGGGUCAUGGCAGUGGCAGUGCUAGUUUAUAGAAGACGUCGAAGAAAUGCUGGUCAUUGCAAUAUUUCUAACAAGGUGAGUUUUGAUCCUGAGCCAGAUAUGUUUUACUUUGACUCCUUAGCACCAUUUCUUGAGAGUGAUUCAGAUCACAAGCUGUCUUCUGAAUUGAAGAGUGUGAUGUCAGUUGAAAAGAAUGUAACUUCUUCCUUACAAAGUGAAGGGUUGACACACCACUCAUUUUUGGAUUCUGAGAACCAUUUAGAGGAAGCUACAAAUAAUAUUGACUCCUUAUCUUCUGAUGGGAGUGACUCAUUUCAUUCUAUAUGUUGUUCUCAUUGCUCGAUCGAAUCGAAGUGUAGCCUCGUUGAGCCAAGCUUAGAUUGUUCACUAGCAAAUGGUAAUUUGCAUCUUCUUACUUCCUCAAAACUGAAUGUAUUCUCAACUAAAAGCAUAGAGAAACCAGUAAGUUCUACCAAUUUAAUUCCUUUCAAUAUAAGAAAAGCUUCACUUCAUCCUCUUGUUCCAGAAAGCUUAGAGAGUAAACCAUCUCAGUUCUCAAACACGCUUAACAAUGAGGAUAACAUGUUGCCUCUUCUUACUUCUCAAUCUUCUUCAAAUCCUCAAAUGGUACCAGCAGGAAGUUGGCCUUUUUCCAAAGAUACUGAAAGCUCAAAUCUAAUUGCUAAAAUACCCUCUGAAUCAAGAAAUCAAGCUAUAAGAGCAGAUCUUGCAUCAUCAAUGCCUAUAACUGUUGAUAUAAUGAACUCGGCAAAACAACUUCAAACUGUACAAAGCAUCAAAGGGCAACAGAUACCAAACCCAUCAAAUUGUAAUGGAAGCAUUCCAAAACCUCCACCACCGCCACCACGGCCACUGCCGCCAUCAUUUCAAAGGAGUAGCAACAUCGGUAAGCCUGCUCCCCCUCCUCCUUUCCAACAGCAGCAAAGCUCAGCAGUUGAUAAAGAUGGCAAUCCACUUCCAAAGCUGAAACCACUUCACUGGGACAAAGUAAGAGCUGCCCCUGACCGUUCUAUGGUGUGGGACAAGAUCAGAUCAAGCUCUUUUGUAUUGGAUGAGAAAACAAUUGAAUCGCUUUUCGGGUACAAUAUGCACUGCUCAGUGAAGAAUGAAGAAUCAAAAAGAAAGAAUUCGUCUCCCAGCAAACAAGUCCUUGAACACAAGAGAUUGCAGAAUUUCACUAUUAUAAUGAAAGCCUUGAAUGCAACAGCAGAACAAGUUUGCAAUGCUUUGAUACUAGGUAGUGGCUUGGGUACCCAGCAAUUGGAAGCACUUACAAAAAUGGUGCCUACGAAGGAAGAAGAAGAGAGAAUAUACAAAUAUGAAGGUGACAUUGAUGAGUUAGGAUCUACAGAAACUUUUCUGAAAGUGAUACUCAGCAUUCCAUUAGCCUUUUCAAGGAUUGGAGUCAUGUUAUAUAAGGAGACAUUUGAUGAUGAAGUGAUUCACCUGAAAAAAUCAUUUGCAAUUCUAGAGGAAGCUUGUAAGGAGUUGAGAUCAAGCAGACUAUUCUUGAGAUUACUCGAUGCCGUGCUGAAAACCGGGAAUCGAAUGAAUGUCGGGACUAUACGAGGUGGUGCAAGAGCCUUCAAGCUUGAUGCUUUGCUGAAGCUUGCAGAUGUCAAGGGAACUGAUGGAAAGACCACAUUGCUGCAUUUUGUUGUACAAGAAAUGAAUAAGUCAGAAGGCUUGAAUACCCAUGAAAAAAACAAUGAAAAGGCCUUCACAAAAGGUAAAGCUAAGACUACAAAAGAGAAGGAAGAGGAUUACAAUGCAAGGGAACAAGAAAUAGUCUCUUCACUAAGCAGUGAGCUCUGCAAUGUUAAAAAGACAGCAACCAUGGAUUUGGAUGUAUUGGCAAGCUCCAUUUCGAAUCUAUCAAAUGGAAUGUGCAAGCUGAAAGAACUGUUGGAAGAACUUACAAGGAAUCAGAGGGAUGUAAGCUUUGUGAGUUCAAUGAGAUCAUUUCAAAAACAAGGAGAAGGGAUAAUAAAUGAGCUAAAGGAAUCUGAGGACCGAGUUUUUCGCCAUGUUAGGGAGAUCACAGAGUACUAUCAUGGAGAUGUGAGCAAGGAUGAGGUGAAUCCUCUUAGAAUUUUUGUAAUUGUAAGUGAUUUUCUGGGCAUGUUAGAUCGAGUUUGCAAAGAACUGAGGAGCUCAAAGAGCCCACAGACUCUGAAUCUUGCUGUUUCACUCGCUAGAGUGCUGCAGCGGUUUAUAGUAUGGUUGGAGAUAUACAGACAAAGAGCAGAACGCUACAAUGCUCCAAACCUAGGCACUGCAGCACUUCUAAUCAAGCUGGAGAUAGAGAGUGGAGCGUUGCGGCGCUCCAAACCUGGCUUCGUGGCUCUACGAGCUAGGCUGCAUCCCUAA